GGGCCAGCGCCGGGCAUGCUCAGUAGGCGCGGCGCGUCUGGCGGCUGGUGGCGCGGCGCUGGCCCCGCGCGGAGGGCUCCGGGACUGGCGCGGGAGUCCACCCCGCCUUCGCCGCCGCGGCUGCGGGCUUGCAGAAGGCCGAGCAGUAGCCGCCUCCGAGCGCCUCGCCCCUGCCCUGCUCCGCCCCCCUCCCAGCCACCGCCUCCUCCUCCUCCUCCUCCUCUUCCUCUCUCCAUCUCUUCGGGAGGCGAAGCCGGUGCUGGCUUCUGCCGGCGCCCAGCGCCACAGACCGCUCUGCCAACCCAGCCAGGACCCGAGAAUGAAACCCGGAGACCAGAAGACCCUCGGUGGUGGCUCUUUCUAGGCACACUUUGCCUGAAGUGGGGUCGCGGCGGAGUUCCUCCUCCACCGCUCCGUGCGAACACUAUGCGGACCGCGGUCGGCUUCCCCGCGCUGUGCCUGCUUCUGAAUCUUCACGCUGCAGGGUGCUUUUCCAGAAAUCAUGAUCAGUUCUUGGCAAUUCAUCAGAAGAAGAGUGGGAAGCCUGCAUUCAUUUAUCACCAUUCACAAGACAUUGAGAAGAGCCUGGAUAUAGCUCCACAAAAGAUAUAUAAGCAUAGCUACCAUUCCUCUUCCAAAGCACAAAUAAACAAACAGCAUCAAAUUGUUAAUUCAGCUUUUCCUAGACCUGCAUAUGACCCAUCUCUCAAUCUGCUGGCAGUGGCUGGUCAAGAUCUUGAAGUGGAAAACCUUCCAAUCCCUGCAGCAAAUGUAAUUGUGGUGACACUGCAAAUGGACGUAAGCAGGCUGAACAUAACCUUGCUUCGGAUAUUCCGCCAGGGAGUGGCCGCAGCUCUAGGAAUCUUACCCCAGCAAGUGCACAUCAACCGCCUCGUUGAAAAGAAGAACAGUGUUGAACUAUUUGUGUCUCCUGUAAACCGAAAAGGAGGGACUUCAGAUGCUUUGCCGUCUGAGGAAGUGCUGCGUUCACUUAAUAUAAAUGUUUUACAUCAAAGUUUAUCCCAAUUUGGAAUUAUAGGAGUCUCCCCUGAGAAAAAUGUUUUACAAGGGCAGCACGAAGCGGACAAAAUCUGGAGCAAAGAAGGAUUUUAUGCUGUUGUCAUUUUUCUCAGCAUCUUUGUUAUUAUAGUAACGUGUUUGAUGAUUCUUUACAGAUUAAAAGAAAGAUUUCAGCUCUCCUUGCGACACGAUAAGGAGAAAAACCAGGAGAUCCACCUGUCGCCCCUUGCGUUACAACCAGCGCAGUCUGAGGCAAAGACAGUCAACAGCAUGGUCCAGCCCGAGCAAGGCCCCAAGGUGCUGAGUGUGGUUGUGGACCCGCAAAGCCGAUACUCUCCUGAGAUCAAGGCUACCACCUCUGUCUGCCCUUCUCCUUUCAAAAUGAAGCCCAUAGGACUUCAGGAGAGACGGGGGUCCAAUGUAUCUCUUACAUUGGACAUGAGUAGCUUGGGGAAUGUUGAACCCUUUGUGGCUACCCCAACCCCACGGGAGACGGUGGCAAUGGAGUAUCUGCAGUCAGCCAGCCGAAUACUCACAAGAUCACAGCUGAGGGACGUCGUGGCAAGUUCACAUUUACUCCAAAGUGAAUUCAUGGAAAUACCAAUGAACUUUGUGGAUCCCAAAGAAAUUGACAUUCCCCGUCAUGGAACUAAAAAUCGCUAUAAGACCAUUUUGCCAAAUCCCCUCAGCAGAGUGUGUUUGAGACCAAAAAAUGUAACUGAUUCUUUGAGCACCUACAUUAAUGCUAAUUAUAUUCGGGGCUACAGUGGCAAAGAGAAAGCAUUCAUCGCCACCCAGGGCCCCAUGAUCAACACUGUGAAUGAUUUCUGGCAGAUGGUUUGGCAGGAAGACAGUCCCGUGAUUGUCAUGAUCACAAAACUCAAGGAAAAAAAUGAGAAAUGUGUGCUUUACUGGCCAGAAAAGAGAGGAAUAUAUGGGAAAGUUGAGGUUCUGGUCAUCAAUGUGAAUGAAUGUGACAACUACACUGUUCGAAACCUUGUCUUAAAGCAAGGAAGUCACACCCAGCAUGUGAAGCAUUACUGGUACACCUCAUGGCCCGAUCACAAGACUCCAGACAGUGCUCAACCUCUUCUACAGCUCAUGCUGGAUGUCGAAGAAGACAGACUUGCUUCCACCGGCCGGGGGCCUGUGGUCGUCCACUGCAGUGCAGGGAUAGGUAGAACGGGGUGUUUUAUUGCUACAUCCAUUGGCUGUCGACAGUUGAAAGAAGAAGGAGUUGUCGAUGCGCUAAGCAUUGUCUGCCAGCUUCGUGUGGACAGGGGCGGAAUGGUCCAAACUAGUGAGCAGUAUGAAUUCGUGCACCACGCUCUGUGCCUGUAUGAGAGCAGACUCUCGGCAGAAACUGUCCAGUGAUUCUCUGAAGAUUUACCAGACCCUCCAGCUCUAGGGGUAGUUAACCAAUUACCCACCCGAGGCUUCUAGAAGGAGCUUCCUGCCGUGGAAGGAAAGCGAAGUCCCGAAGCCGAGCUGUGGCACGGAUCAUGGAACAUGGCAACAAUUACAGAUCGGCAGCCCUUUGUGUAUACAAAUGCGUUUGUAAGCCUCCCCUAAAUUAUGCUGAAGGUCCUGUGCUGAGGGAGGUAUGAUAGACUUCUUCCACAGCUAAGGAGGAUUCUGUUUGUCCGUAUUGACUACCUGCCACACAGAAUGUAUGUUAUGAAAUCCUCAGUGACGUAUGUCAUCAGAUAACAACUGGAAGAGCUGCUGAAGACAUUAUUAUUGUGUGUUUAGAUGCUUUAAUGUUUGCAAAACCUGUCUUGUGAAUGGACUGUUAGCUGUUAAACUGUUCCUGUUUUAAGUGCUAUUACCUUUCUCAGUUACCAGAAUCUUGCCGUCAAGGUCACAAGUGAUUGAUAAUGGAUUUUUAACUAAUAAGUCCUUGUUUUUGGAAAAAAAAAA